AUGUCGGCCUGGAUGACUGGUUCAUGCUGGGUGCCCUUGUGGUUGCGAUUGGCAUGGGGAUACAGAAUGGAUUCCAUGUGUCUUGGGGAACUGGGUAAGCUACAAAGGGAAGACAUGUCCUCCACCGUUAUAGCUGACAAUUACAGACGACGUGGAUCAGAUCUCGAUCUUCUUGUGAUCCUGGAGCCCACACUGAAGCAUUGGUACGCAUAUCAGAUGGUAUACCCAUGGUCACUGUUCUUCGUGAAGGCCAGCAUCCUCGCAUUGUACCACCGCAUCUUUACGCAGACCAAGUUCCGUCGGCUUGUAUAUGCCGUAACUGCCUUCGUAUCAACAUACACCAUCGUUGUGUUCUUUGUCAACGCCUUCGAAUGCCCGAAGAACCCUUCACAGGCAUGGUCGCCGACGUUUCCUGCAGGAUGUAACAAUCUUCCCGCGACUUACUUCUCGACCGCCUCGAUCAACAUCUUGACGGACGUCAUGAUCUUGCUGAUGCCCAUCCGAGCAUUUUGGCAACUCCAGUUACACCCUAGGAAACGAUGGGCCCUACUCGGAGUCUUCUUAGUCGGCGGCAUCGCUGCCAUCGCCUCUAUCGUCCGUCUCUACGCCCUCUACGUUUACACUACCACCCAAGACGUUGCCUACGACGCCAUUUUCAUCCUACUCCUCUCCCAAAUCGAAGUCAAUGUCGCCAUCAUAUCAGCCUCUGCUCCUGCGCUCAGGCCACUUUUCAACAAGACUUUCAUGUCCACCUCAUACAACCGCUCCAAGUAUGGCGCAGGCUAUGGGAGUGGGAUGGGCAGCAACCUCCGUUCGCGUGCGAAGUCGAAUGGUCAGAUUGAAUUGUACUCAUAUGAUGCGAACAAGGAAACUGGCACCUCGUCUUCUGGGACGGGAACCAAACAUACGAGGGGCGGAACCAGUGUUGGGAGUAACACGAGUGAGGAGUCGAUACUGAGGGCGGGUGGAAGCAAUGCGAUUAUGAAGACGACCGAGAUGAGGAUCGACGUUGAGCCGAUCUCUCAGACACAGACAGGACGUGCUAUAUGA